CAUAAUCUAACUUGUCCGCAGCAUGACAAUUCUGUCGAUGGUCCUGGCAUACAUUAUUAAUGGAACCAUGUCAGCACCGGAGACGCGUCGCUUUUCCACGUCCGCCGUCACGAAUCCACUGUUGAAUUUGCUGCGCCCCGACCCCACCGCGAUUAAUAGGUCUUUGUCUACCUCCAUUCUCGCUAUCACCUCUUCCAGCUCGGCACUUUCGGUGUCGUCCCUGAAGGAUUUCGAGAUGGCGAUAUUUAAGCCCGGCAGCAGCUGUGCUGACGUCGUUGUCGAAUCCACUUCUCAGGACGCCCAAUUUACUGCUUCCACGUCUUCUUCCGCCACUGUUGCCACGGCGACCGUCACCGAUGGACCUGCUGAGUGUGAAUGUGGCUGCGGUCUUGUUACCUGGCCGGCCAAGACGGAGACCACCGAGCUCAUCCUUCGUCCCAGCGGUUCCGGACUUAGUAUCCUUACAAACACUGUCAGUUCCAUCUCCGUCGUUCCCUCCCAUACUCCCGUUGUUGGCAAAGGUAAAGGCAAGGCCAGCGAUCUGGACAACUCGCUCUUUGCUCUCAGCACUCGCAUGGCCAACUCCCUUUCUGAGUACUUCGGCUUUUCUCCCCUUGUCCAAGCCGUUACCACGGAUAUUCGAGAACUCAUCGCCGCCAUCGACCAGCUCGCCCACGCCAUCAGCCGCCAUGCCGCAUUCGUUCUGGGACAGUCCAAGACCGCGAUCUCCGUCGUUGCCGUCGAACUGAAGCAACGGAACCAGCGUGCCAAAGACCGGGCGCGCCAGAUCCGCGAGACUGGGGAGAUGUGGAUCUCCACCCUGAGAGAGCAUCUUAAGGCUCGCUCGCAGGCGGCCAAGGAGAACGCCCAUCGCCUCAAGCACCGCAUGAGCGACAACCGCAAGUCCCGCGCGGCGCGCAGGGCGGAGCGCCGUCACCUCAGACAACUGAAACGAGCAGAGAAGCUGGAGAGGAAGAUGGAAAGGAAAGCGGAGAGGGCCAUGGCAUCAGUUUGGGAGGCAUAGUCGUUGACUCUUCUGUUUUCCCCGCACAUCAUUAGGUAGGUCGCUCUCGCUCAUCAGGACUAUUUAUCCCUCUCCUGGAAUCGUCGCGACAUGUAAUACGGUGGCCCUCGCACCUUCAUAAUCAUGUUGUACAGAUAUCACACCACCACUAUAGUAUGUAUGUAUGUAUAUAAAUUGUAAAACCCAUACAGCAGGAGAUAUCGUUACGUCUACGCCAUGUGUCC